AUGGUGCGCGUGCCCGGAUCUUCUGGUGACUCGCUAUUUCACCGUGAGUCCCGAGAUGAAAAUGUUGUGAUCAAGAAUGAACCUGGGAUUGGAGCGUCAGCGGAAUUUAGAUUGCCAAAGACGCGCGAAGAGAAAGGAUCCCGAGAUCAUCAUAGUUUUGGGAGGGUCUAUGACGACAAGACAGUCAAAGAAGAAGAUCACCAAGCUGAUCUGGAAGAAAAACCUCAACCUUCUCCUGAGGUCCCUUCAGUCCCACCGCGGAUCGCGCUGCAAAGCACGAUCUGCCAGAUGGAAAUCCUUCAGUAA